GCCUCAAACGUUGCCACCUCAUCUCAAACUGGGGUCUCCACCUGGCCCACACUAUCACCACCCUCACCACCACCACCUGAUAUACACUCUGUUCUCAAUUCUCUUUCUCAUAUCAUAACUUAAUCUUCUCCGCUGUUCCCAAGUUCAAGUCUUUCUAUCUCUCCCAACUUUCUUCCUCUGUUUCCCUUUCUGGGUUUAGUUCUAUUUGCUUUCUUUACCUCCACAAAUGGUUACACAAAAGUGUUGCCAUAGAUUCUUCAAGUUCCGUGUACUGUUUCUCAUAACCACUUUCACUUCUGAAUGGUCCCUGUGAAUGGCCUAAACUGACCCUUACCAAAAGCCACAACUACCGUGUGCGCCUUCAAUUUUUUUUGACACACGAAGGGCAGUGACAGGAAUAUGUCAGUUUCAUAGGAAAAUUAUUAUCCGUUUAUUCCCUUCUUCUCACCUGUCUUAUCUUGUCAAAUCUUGCAGCUCCACUCCCUCUCUCUAUCUCUCUCUGCACUUUUCUGUUUCCAAAAAGAACGAGAAAAACUUAAUCAAAUGGUUGCUAAGGACUAUGAUCCAUUGACAUGCGCGGUUGGUGUAAAAAUGGGUAGGAUAAUGCAGUGUGUUGAUCACUCAAGGCUUUUCUGGCUGUUUUUUGGGGUCUUCUCCCACGUUUACCACGAGGGGAAACCUCGGAUUUAGGAUUCUGCAACUACCUUGGAGAAUAGAACAAACUACUUUUUUGUUUGUUUUUGUUCUUUGCUUUUCAACUUUCUCUGCACUCAAGUUGUUGUCCACAGACAAAAGCUUUCAAAGUUUUGGUGAUUGCUAGCUUAGUUACUUAGUUGGAGUGUAUAGUUAAGAAUUCAACAUGUAUUCCAAUAAAGGGUAUAGAGAUGAUCGCAAAGCUGAGCCUCGUUACAUUGAAACCGACCCAAAUGGUAGAUAUGCUCGGGUUGGAGAUAUCUUAGGAAAGGGGGCAAUGAAGACAGUGUAUAAAGCAAUUGAUGAGGUUCUUGGAACAGAGGUUGCAUGGAGUCAGGUCAAACUCAAUGAUGCAUUUCGCAAACCAGAGGACUUGGAGAGGCUUUAUUUAGAGGUUCAUCUCCUCAGCACCCUCAAACACCAAUCCAUCAUGAGAUUCUACACCUCUUGGAUUGAUGUCAACAAUAAGACCUUCAACUUCAUUACAGAAAUGUUUACUUCAGGGACUCUAAGAGAAUACAGGAAGAAAUAUAAGCACAUAGGUCUGAGAGCAAUAAAGAAUUGGGCUCGGCAAAUCUUACAGGGUCUUGUUUAUCUGCAUGAACAUGAUCCUCCAGUAAUUCAUAGGGACCUCAAAUGUGAUAAUAUAUUUGUCAAUGGCCAUCUUGGACAAGUGAAAAUUGGUGACCUGGGUCUAGCAGCAAUUCUCCAUGGUUCCCAACCAGCUCACAGUGUUAUAGGCACUCCCGAGUUCAUGGCACCAGAAUUGUAUGAGGAAGAAUACAAUGAACUUGUUGAUGUGUACUCAUUUGGCAUGUGUGUUUUGGAAAUGCUUACAUCUGAUUAUCCAUACAGUGAAUGUACUAACCCUGCACAGAUAUACAAAAAAGUGACAUCAGUAAGUUCUGAUCGUGGUUUAAGGUUUGAAAAUGCCAGUAGAGAUAUGAAGGAUUUUUAUAUAUACGCAAAUUUUCUGUCUUAUGCUCAGGGGAAGCUACCAGCAGCAUUUUUCAGGAUUGAAGACACAGAAGCACAAAAGUUUAUUGGCAAAUGUCUAAUAGCUGCAGCAGAAAGACCAUCGGCAAAAGAAUUGUUGCAUGAUCCAUUUCUUUUGUCUAAUGAUGAAUCAUCCAUGGCAAAGAUUGGAAUUCCGAAGCCGUUUCUAAAUUACAGCGAAAUGGAAAAACUUCAACUGAGUGAUGAUUUACCUAUGACUAAAAUGUCAAUAACUGGGAAGUUGAAUCCAGAAGAUGGCACUAUCUUUCUCAAAGUGAAAAUUUCUGAGAAGGAUGGUUCUUGUAGGAAUGUGUACUUUCCCUUUGACAUUUACACAGACACCCCUGUUGAUGUUGCAAUAGAGAUGGUGAAAGAGUUGGAAAUCACAGAUUUGAAGCCUUCUGAUAUUGCACGUAUGAUUGAAGGAGAGAUAUCUGUGCUGCUUCCGAAUUGGAGGAAUAGUAACUGUCCAGAUACCUGCCAUACAUUCAGUUAUAAUGAUGACAAGGACAAUGAAGAUCCUCAUCGUCUUUUCCGCUCUAUUUCUUCUUGUUCAUCAUCCCUAGAAUCAACACUAGGCUCAGCCAGCAGAGUUGAUGACUUAUUGAAUGGAUAUCAUUGGCUCCAUGGUGAUGUAGUUGAUGAUGGAAGUUCAAUAUGCUCUUUGCAUGGAACAUGUUCCAACUCAAACUUGUGUUCAAUGGAUGAGGAUGAGGAACAUUAUAAGAGUUCUACAAGAAAAGAGAAAGAGCUCAUGAUAAAGAGUCACAUGUGUACUAGAUUUUCCCCUAAUGAAGACCACAAAAUUGUGGCAGGACCACAAACAGCUUGUAGUGGCAAAAGUAACAGGAUGAUAGACAAUCGCAGACUAACUAGGAACAAGUCAUUAAUUGAUACCAGAAGCCAGCUACUGCAUAUAUCAUUGGUUGAAGAGAUAAACAAAAGAAGAUUCAAGACAGUUGGAGCUGUGGAAAAUAUUGGAUUUGUGACUCCUUAUCAGGUUACAAACAAAUUUUCAAAUCCAGCAUCUGCUGCUUUCGAUGUCAACUCUUCAAGUACAAAGGGAAAAAACUUGAGAGACAAAAAAAUUUGAAAGUGACUUUGUCUUCAGCUUUCAAAUCAAAUAGCAAAAAAUGGAUAAAUUCUGUCAUGGAUAAGAGUAAAUGAUAUGGAUUGUGUUGGAAUAUAUGUUCCAUGGGUACAAACAUCUACAAAAUAUGGUAAUUUGAAAAAGUUAAAUUAAGAAUUUGUUAAUAUAACUUACUUGUAAAUAAU